AUGGCUACUGAGGAAAUUAUCGGUACUAAUGCGUCCGCUUCUGUGAAUGACAAACCAUUCAAGUUUGAGGGAUCUAAUUUCAAACGUUGGCAAUCAAAGAUGAUGUUUUUCUUAACUUUGAAAAAGGUUGCCCACGUUAUGUCUGAGGAUAUCCCUAUUGUUCCUUUUGGAUCAAUCAAGAUAACUAAUGGUAAAUCAACUGCUGAAUCAGACGGAACCUCCAAAAAGGAUGGAGUUUCCAAAACAUCUGAUGGAGACUCUGCUGCAAAAGAAAAAGCUGCAGCAGAUAACUUACAGCUCCAAAAAGAAAUUUCUCUAUGGCAAGAAAAUGAUUACCUAUGCAAACAUCAUAUUUUGAACAGUCUUGCUGAUGACCUGUAUGGCUACUACAGUAAUCACAACAUUUCUAAACAGGUUUGGGAAGCUCUUCAAAAGAAGUAUGACACUGAAGAAGCUGGUGCGAAGAAAAAUGUUGUCAGCCGCUACUUGAACUACAAGAUGAUGGAUGAAAAAUCUGUGGAAGCUCAAAGCCAUAAACUUCAGAAAAUAGCUCAUGAAAUAAUUAAUUAUGGUAUGCCCCUCAAUGAACAAUUUCAAAUUACUGUAAUCAUUGACAAACUGCCCCCUGGUUGGAAAGAUUUAAAAAACGUGCUUCUCCAUAAAACAAAAGAAUUUUCAAUCGAGAGUCUGAUUACUCGCCUCCGAAUUGAAGAGGAAGCUCGGAGACAAGAUCAGAAAGAUGAAUUCUUAGUUGUUACUAACAACAGAAAGAAAUUCGGUGCGGUUCUGAAGCCUACUAGCAAACCAUUAAAGAAUCAAAACCGCAAUGCUGUGAACUGA